GCAGAGCAGCCAUGGCCGCCCCUCCAACUCCUAUCCUGCCUCCUAAACCCCACUCGUAACUCGUACCCAAUCCUCCACCACCACGAUGAAGCUGGCCGUGGAGAUCUCGGACGCGUCGGACCUUCCCCCGAAGGACAACGCGGCCACCUGCAACGCCUUCGUCGAGGUCGACUUCGACGGCCAGAAGCAGCGCACCGCCACCCGGCCCGCCGACCGCUCCCCACAGUGGAACGAGACCCUCCUCUUCGACGUCCGCGAUGAUCCGGACCCGGGCCGGCUCCCCUCGAUCCCCGCCGUCGAGGUGUCCGUGCUCCACGACCGCCGCCUCAGCGACCACAACGCGGUCCGCCCCAGCGCCUUCCUCGGCCGCGUCCGCCUCACCGGGGACUCCUUCGCGCCGUCGCCCGACGAGGCGGUGGUCCAGAGGUACCCGCUCGAAAAGCGCGGGCUCUUCUCCCGCGUGUCCGGGGACAUCGCGCUCCGCCUCUACCUGCUGGAUGGUCGUGAUCGCGCCGACGGUGCCGCCGCAGCAGCAGCUGCUGCUAAUUCUAGUUCCGCUGCUCCCACGAUGAUGAACAACGUAGAUCAAAAUCAGCGGCGCGCCGACCCCGCAGCCGCAAGCAUGGACCCCGAGAGGGUCGUCAGGAACGCGUUCGCCGCCGCCCCAUCCGAGGCGGCGCGGACGCCGGCGGCCGAGUCCAUGGGAAAGAGCAGCCACGAGCCGCGCGUGUUCCGCUCGAUACCGGCCUCUUCCUCCGAGCCACGACGCGCCACGCUGCACGCCAUGGCAGCGCCGCCUCCACCACCGGGGCAGACGGUGGUCAUGCCGCGCCCCGCAGGCCCGCCACCAGCCCAACCACCAGGCUCCGCGUACGGCCUGGUGGAGACGAGGCCUCCGCUCCCAGCGAAAAUGGGUCCGCGCUCGUCGGCGGCGAAGAUCGCGUCCACCUACGACAUGGUGGAGCCCAUGACGUACCUCUACGUGACCGUCGUCAAGGCCCGGGACCUUCCCACCAUGGACAUCACGGGCUCGCUGGACCCGUACGUGGAGGUGAAGCUGGGCAACUUCAAGGGCGUGACGCGGCACCUGGAGAAGAACUCCAACCCGGUGUGGCGCCAGACGUUCGCCUUCUCCGGCGCGCACCUGCAGUCCAGCCAGCUGGAGGUCAUCGUCAAGGACAAGGACGUCCUCCGCGACGACUUCGUCGGCCGUGUCGUCUUCGACAUGUCCGACAUUCCCAGCAGGCUGCCGCCCGACUCGCCGCUCGCGCCGCAGUGGUACCGCCUCGCCGACGCGCACGGCAACAAGAUGCAGCAUGGCGGCCACCAUGGGUACGGCGAGAUCAUGCUGGCGGUGUGGCUGGGCACGCAGGCCGACGAGGCGUUCCCGGAGGCGUGGCACUCGGACGCGCACUCGCUUUCUCAGGAAGGCCUCACCAACACGCGCUCCAAGGUUUACUACUCGCCAAAGCUCAUCUACCUCAAGCUCUCCGUCAUCGCCGCGCAGGACCUGAUCCCCGCCGAGAAGGGCCGGCCUCUCGCGGCCACCAUCGCCAAGAUCCAGAUGGGGAACCAGAUCCGGCGGACCAGGCCGCAGAGCGGGACGGCGAACCCGAUAUGGAGCGAGGAGUUCAUGUUCGUCGCCAGCGAGCCGUUCGAGGACCCGCUGGUGGUGACUGUGGAGGAGAGGGUCGCCGCCGGCCGCGACGAGCCCAUCGGCCGCCUGAUCAUCCCCGUCAAUUCGCCGUACGUGCCGCGCAACGACCUGGCGAAAUCCGUUCCGUCGAAAUGGUUCAGCCUGUCGCGCGGGAUGACGAUGGAGGAGGCGGCGGCCGACGUGACCAGCAGCAUCAAGAACAGGGAGUCGUCCAAGACGUUCGCCAGCAAGAUCCACCUGAAGAUGAGCCUGGAGACGGCGUACCACGUGUUGGACGAGUCGACGCACUACAGCAGCGACCUGCAGCCGGCGGCCAAGAAGCUGCGGAAGAGCGCCAUUGGCAUCCUCGAGGUUGGCAUUCUCAGCGCGCUCGGCCUCGGCGGCAACAAGAACCCGUACUGUGUGGCCAAGUACGGCUCCAAGUGGGUGCGCACGCGCACGCUGCUGUUCACGGCGGCGCCGCAGUGGAACGAGCAGUACACGUGGGAGGUGUUCGACCUCAGCACCGUCAUCACCGUCGCGGUGUUCGACAACGCCAACCUCCACCACGGCCACGGCCACGAGCCCAGCAAGGACCAGAGGAUCGGCAAGGUGCGCGUCCGGCUCGCCACGCUGGAGACCGACAGGGUGUACACGCACUACUACCCUCUGAUGGCGCUCACCCCGUCGGGGCUGAAGAAGACGGGGGAGCUCCACCUAGCCGUCCGGUUCACGUGCACGGCGUGGGCCAACAUGCUGGCGCAGUACGGCCGGCCGCUGCUGCCGAAGAUGCAUUACACGAACCCGAUUUCGGUGCUGCAGCUGGACUACCUCCGGUUCCAAGCGAUGCAGAUGGUGGCGACGCGUCUAGGCAGGGCGGAGCCGCCGCUGCGGAGGGAGGUGGUGGAGUACAUGCUCGACGUUGACUCGCACAUGUUCAGCCUACGGCGCAGCAAGGCCAACUUCUACCGGAUCAUCUCCCUCUUCUCCGGCGCCGUCGCCGUGGGGAGAUGGUUCGACGGCAUCUGCAAGUGGAAGAACCCACUGACGACGAUCCUGGUCCACGUGCUCUUCCUCAUCCUGGUGUGCUACCCGGAGCUGAUCCUGCCCACGGUGUUUCUAUACCUGUUCAUGAUCGGGGUGUGGAACUACCGGCGGCGGCCGCGCAAGCCGCCCCACAUGGACACCGUGCUGUCGCACGCGGAGCUUGCCCACCCGGACGAGCUUGAUGAGGAGUUCGACACGUUCCCGACGUCCAAGCCGAGCGACGUUGUUCGGAUGCGGUACGACCGGCUGCGGAGCGUCGCCGGCAGGGUGCAGACGGUGGUCGGCGACCUGGCCAUGCAGGGGGAGCGCGCCCAGUCACUGCUCAGCUGGCGGGACCCCAGGGCCACGGCGAUCUUCAUCACGCUGUCACUGGUGGUGGCGAUCGUGCUGUACGUGACGCCGUUCCAGGUGGUGGCCGUCGUCGCCGGCCUGUACUUACUCCGCCACCCACGGUUCAGAAGCAAGCAGCCGUCCGUGCCGUUCAACUUCUACAAGAGGCUCCCGGCCAAGGGCGACAUGCUCCUAUGACCUGGAAAAUCUCUUUCUUCUCUCUUUUUUGCAUAGAGCUACUACCACGUUAGUGGUCAAUUACAUUUACAGGUUCAGUAUGAAUAUAGUCACAACUACACUAUCAGUACUACAUAAGACUACGAUCAAUCACUUUCUUUGUGUUAAAAAAAAUAAGUGGAGCAAUUACGGUUAAGGUUGGAACAGAUAUACUAGAUACUCUGAACAUUCAGAAGGUUCCUCUGCAAUUAUUAAAUUGAGUUGGGAAAGGAAGAGAACAAAGCAGCAGAUGCAACA